CGAGGAUAAGAAAUGAAUAGGGCCUAAACGAAAUCCGUUUAUGGCCUCACUAAAAAUGAAAAGAGGAGGGAAACGAUGGAUAAGUAAUUAUGGGCCUAUAAAACGAAACAAACGCGUAUAUAACUAACAGUUGGCCUCAUUGGUCAGCCCAAAAUAAAGAGAUGUCGAUUUCUCUUUCGUUCACCCCUUCUCUCAGCCUCCCUCAACCACCAAGCCUUAGCCGUAACGCCACCGUUCCUAGAAGAUGGUUGUCUUCCAUCCGAUGCGGCCCACGCGACAACCGUGGACCUCUUCUCAAAGGUCGGAUCCUGAGCUCUGAAGCCAUCCAAUCGAUCCAGUCCCUCAAGCGAGCACAUCGCACCGGCUCCAUCUCCCUUAGCCUCCCUCCUCUCCGCCGUCUCCUGAAAGCUGACCUCCUUUCCGUCAUCCGUGAGCUUCUCAGGCAAGACCACUGCUCCCUCGCUGUCCACGCUCUCUCCACCCUCCGUUCCGAGUAUCCUCCUCUGGACCUCACUCUCUACGCCGACGUCGUCAACGCCCUCGCUAGAAACGGAGAGAGGGAGGAGAUAGACAGGCUCAUCGGCGAAAUUGAGGGGAUUGAGGGAGGUUACGAGAACGACAAGGCUUUGGCGAAGCUGAUAAGGGCGGUGAUGGGAGCGGAGAGGAGGGGGGCGGCGGUGAGGAUAUACGCGAUGAUGAGAGAGGGAGGGUGGGGGUCGGAGUCGUGGGAAGCUGACGAGUAUGUUGCUGAGGUUUUGAGUAAGGGACUGAGGAGGCUAGGGGAGGAAGAACUUGCUGCUGAGGUGGCAUCCACUCAAAGAGUAAGGAUACGUACAUGAGGGACUGUCUUCAACUUCUUCUUCUUCUAGUGGGGCUUUGUUACCACUAAUUUCACCUAGCUGCCUCCCAAAGUGUUGAUAAAUUCUGGCUAAUUCCUCUGUAUGUUUCCAUGUUUCUUCCACCAAUUUCUCCUCGGUUAAGUUAUUUCUAUUUGUUAAUAAUGUAGCAGAGUCUUGGGUUAAAGACCUUUUGUUUUCUUGUGUCAUUACUAUGUUUAAGCAAUUGAAUCGUUUUGUCGACCCAAAUAUAUGUAGUGGAUUUUUGGGCUAAGUUUGCAAGCAUACCCUAUAGGAAAUACCCAAGUGAAU